AUGAAUCUAACGACAAAUUAUACUUCACUUGAACGUUAUAACAUUCUUUAUCGCGCUAAUGAAGACACCUUUAAAACACUUAUACCCACAGUUUCAUUCUGCUGGGUUCUAGUAAUUCUAGGAGUGGCCGGGAAUGCGUUAUCCAUCCACAUCUUCGUUACUCGGAUGCCAAAGAACCUGCAGAACGAACUGUUUAUCCUCCUGAGUGUCUUUAACCUUCUGGCUUGUGGGGUCUGCCUUCCCUUGGACAUCCUUGACAUGAGAAAUAUGUACCUGUACCCAUCCAUUGUGCUGUGCAAAAUCGCCCGCUUCUUAAACAUGUUCACCAUGGCGUCCUCGACGCUGACUCUGUGUGUGCUCGCCAUUUUCCGUUUGAGGGCUGCAAAUUCCAGGGCUGUGGUCAGUCCGCACAGGCGCGUACGUUUCGCUGGAUUAGGAAUUUUGAUUUUGCUCAGCGGUUCCGUCUCGUGGUUAGCCGCAGUCGUGUUUGGUAUCAGAUCAAGCCCCACGUUUACCGAGGACAUCACAGGAAGAGACUGUUCAAUAGCUGAUGUCACCAGCAGAACCGCAUGGCCUGUUGUCUUCAACGUCGUUCUUGCCGUUGGCUUCUCUUGUCUUCUGGCAGUGACCACUACAGCCUACUACAGAAUCUGGCGGGUUGUUAAGAAGAGCAGAAUUGCAGUUACAGCUUACACGAUGACUGUUGGUGUUUCUCUUGGCAGCAAUGGUCAAAGGAAGCCAGACUUGUCCUGUAAUGAAAAUGUAACUGUUCCUUCUGAAGAUAUCAAGGGGAUAAAGACGGAUUUAUCUUCUCGUACAGACAAGAAUGUUAAUAUUUGUUCUGAUGACAACGAACUGAAGACGAUCAUGUCUCCACAAGAAGUCAACAAUGCAACCAACAAAAUCUCUGGUGGCCAGGAGAAACAUAAACAGUCAACUAAACCCACCACAGCCUUAAUCCUGGCUGAUAUUUGUACUGACACUGCGCCUGUAAAUGUUUCAGUAAGGGACGAUAACAGUGAAGACAUUUUUACUCCAGUGAAGGAUAACAUACUACUGAUUACAGAUAUUGUAAAUAUUGCACUAAUAAAUGCAGAUGGUAUAGUAAAUAAUGAACUGCUAUAUACUGAUGGCAUGACAAAGAAGUUGCUACUAAACACAAAUGGUACAGGUAAAAAUAAAGUAUUAAAUAUAACAAAAAAGUCGCUACUAAAUGCAUGUGAUACAGCAAACAAUGCACUAGUAAAUAACGAUGUAGUAAAUAAUGGACCAUUAAAUACAGAUAGUACAGCAAGGGGCAUAUUAAAUAUAGAUGAUAUAACAAAAUAUUCACAACUUAGUGCAGAUGACACAGCAAAUGAUACACGGCUAAAUACAGGUAGUAAUACAAAACACGCAGUCCUAAAUAAAGGUGUAGAAUCAAUAACUACAGACAGUACAGCAGAUAUACACACGCGUGAUGGCUUAAGUUUCUUUACCAGAGGGAAUUUAAGAUUCACUUCAAAAUUCGUCAGAGUUAUGUCUAGCUUCGUGUGCCGGGAUAUGGGCGGGCAUCAAAUAAAAUCACGCAUGGUAAUUAAUUCUAAAACUAAGCAGCAUUAUAGGGACAAUCCGGACUUCAGUGUCUCUGGAUAUCUAUGGAAAAAUACGUGCAAUCCAAACUCAAGUACUUUCUUGUGUGAUACAGCAAUGACAUCAAACACGAAAUCACAUAAAGCAAACGCCGACAAACAUCAUAACACAUUCAUAAACAGCAUCACAAAGGAUAUUUUCAGCAUAGAUUUAAAAACUACAUCAAGCGCAGGAAAAGCAGCAUUAAAGAAACCAGGGAAAGCCGGACACGAACUAAAACGGAAACUGUCAAAGACGUCACUAGAAGCCACAGUGACUAGAACCGCAUUUCUCUUAACUUUUACCUUUAUUGUUUCUUAUCUUCCGUUCUUCUUCGUUAGCAUCCCCAGGGCAAUCAACGUGAAUUUUGACUACAGCCAGAACUACCUGAUGAUGAAUCUGGUCAACACCGUCCUUAGACUGUAUUUUAUCAUGCCCGUUGUAAGUCCAGCCAUAUUCUGGGCAUCAAAUCUGGACUUCCGUCGCAAGUGUAAGGUUCUUUGCGCCAAAAACAAUUUCGUUGUCAAUUAA